AUGCUUUACAUAUUUAUGUUUAAAACUACAUAUGUGCUGAUUCUGAUCUUGCUUCAAAUUCCUGGCGUCCUGGCCACGCUGGUUGCCCUGUCCUCGCAGGCAUCAACAUCGCCCACGAGCAGCUCGUCCACUUCGCCCACGAGCAGUUCCUCCACUUCGCCCACGAGCAGUUCCUCCACCUCGCCCACGAGCAGCUCCUCAUCGGACACAACGGCUACUACCACUACCACGAUCACAACCGCCGCGACCACCACCACCACCACAACUGAGGAGACUAAGAAGAGGCAUCGCCGCAGGCACCGCCGCCGGAGGAUCAUCAUCAUCCGACGCGGUGGCGGUGGACUAAGGCGCCGCAGAGAGCGUGGCGGCGAAGAGGAUGGUGGCCGUGUCGUGAGGCGCUUCCGUGUGCGCGAACGAAGAUUCAGACGUCGUGAUGCCUUCUUCUAACGAUACACUACUGAUAAAUGACUCCAAUAGUAAUUACUUUCAUGC